UCAACAGAGGGCGCUAUUGAAAUGCACAUCCGCGCGAUUUAUCUUUUUUCUUCACACACAAAAUUGUUUUCCCGGCCGGCGAAGGAAAUCUGUGGCAUUUAUUUCCUUGUUGAAUGCUGCGAAACAAUGGACUUUCUAGGCGUGCUUUGGCUUUGUCUUUCUGGUUUCCUAGCCUUAGCUGUUGGUGUCGGAGCAAAUGUAAUAGAAUUGGAUGAUAGGUUUCUGCAGGCCAAAGACCAAGGCCAUUGGCUGGUUGAGUUCUAUGCACCAUGGUGCGGCCACUGUCAGAAACUGGCACCGGUGUGGGGUGAUGUGGGCUCCAAGAUGAGUCGCAGUAACCCUCAUAUAAAAGUCGCUAAGCUAGACGGCACCAGAUACUCUAGUGUAAUGGAUAAAUUUGAAGUUAGAGGGUUCCCGACUAUAAAAUAUAUAAGUGGCGAGAAAGUCUACACUCAUAGAGGGGGCAGAACGACACAGGACAUCAUGGACUUUGCUUUAAAAGCACACGGGCCAGCCGUCCGAAAGAUGACCAAAGCCACAGAGUUCAAUAAAGCAUUGAAGGAUCGCAAGGUCUUCUUCCUCCUAGUCACUGAUCAAGAGAAUCAAGAAUCAGAGUUAGCAAAACUUUUUAGCACGGUCGCAGAGAAUAAAAUCCUAGAGAGCUACUAUUUCCAGGGUCCCAACAAAGUAUUGCCAGCCGACCAGCGGUUAGAGGACAAAGACCUGCCUGCCUUGAUGGUAUUCAAAGAUAAGAAACGCUACAAAUAUGAAGUCCCAGAGGAUGGUAUAACUGAAGAGAGUAUAACCAAGUGGGUGAUGGACGAGAGGUUCCAGUCAUUCCCGCUGAUUGAGAACAACAACAUUAAUUUGCUUGCCCAGUUAGAUAAGUUCUUGAUGUUGGCGCUAGUCAAUCCUAGUGUGGAUAACCACAAGAAGCAUCCUCACUACCUCAUGAAGGACACCGUCCGACGAUUCUCCUUAGAGCAGCGAGACACGUAUCACGAGAAGUUUCAGUUUGGGUUUAUGGAAACGCCUGACAUUGCCAAUGAUAUCACUCUGAGUCGAUUAGAACUGCCCAGUAUCCUGGUAGUUGAUCCCAAGAGCUACCUGUACUACCUGUAUGAGAAUCCCAUAGAAGUGACUGAGGAGUCGCUGGCUGAGUUCCUUGACGGCGUUGUGCUUGGUACCGUUGAGGCCCACGGAGGAAACAGUUGGUACAGGAAAAUCUACAGGGUCAUCUACGAAGUUGUCCAGAGUUUAGUGUCUCUCUGGAUGGCCAACCCUAUCUUGACCACCGGUCUGCUCGUGGUUCCGUCCUUCCUCGUCAUCUUCAUCUGCUACAGCAUCUGGUCGGCCGAUCCUUACGAUGAGGACAAUCUGCCCCCGGACAGCGAAGACGAAGACGAAGAAGAGAAAGACGGGCCAGAGAUUGACGAAGAGAAGAUUACCGAGCUGGACGACGGUAGCGGUCACAUCAAGUCAGAGUAGGGUUAGGAUUUUAUCGUAGCAUUCACUCCUUACAAUGCAUCUUAAAGUUGCGUUCCCAGGGCUCUUCAACCAAUUCAAAUUUGUUUUUCUGUUGAUAAAUUUUCAACUUGUAAGUUUUACACCAACACAAAACCUCCUUUUUCCUGUUUGUUUUUCGUUUUUCGGGGGGACGUCUG